AUGUCAAUGUGGAGGCGUCCCCCCUCCUCCUCGGCCCAUAACUUUGAGAGUACGAGCAGUGCCGUGGUAUGCCGAAUCUGUCAGUCCGAGACCGGCCAAAUGGUUCGGCCUUGUGCUUGCGAUGGAUCGGUAGGUAAAAUAGUCUUUAGUUAUUUGGGUUUUUGUUACAGUAAUCUUCGGUUAUUUGGGUUUUUGUUAAACUAGUGUCUUUAGAUAUUGGGCUAUUUGUUACAGUACUCUUAUAAUUAUUGGACUUUUUGUUACAGUAACCUUUAGUCAUCGGUUUUUGGUUACUGUAAUCUUUAUUCAUUGUGAUUUAUGUUACAGUAGUCUUUAGAUAUUGGGUUUUUUGUUACCGUAUUGGUUAUUUGGUAUUUUCGUUACAGUAACCUUUUGUUAUUGGGGUUUUUGUUGCAGUAGUAUUUAGUUAAUGGGGGUUUUUGUUACUGUAAUCUUAAGUUAUUGGACUUUUUGUUACAGCAAUCUUUGGUAUUAAGGCUCUUGUUACAGUAAGCUUUAGUUAUUCGGGGUUUUUGUUACAGUAAUCUUAAGUUAAACUUGGUUUUGUUACAGUAACUUUUAGUUAAUGGGGUUUUUGUUACUGUAAUCUUUGGUUAUAUAUGAUUUUUGUUACAGUACUCUUUUGUUAUUGUGGUUUUUUUACAGUAAUGGUUAGUUAUUAGGGGUUUUUGUUAUAUUAACUUCUAUGUAUUUGAGGUUUUGUUACAGUAACCUUCGGUUAUUGUGUUUUUUGUUACUCUACUUUCUUAGAUAUUAGGGUUUUUGUUACAGUAAUAAGUUGUUAAUGGAUUUUGGAUUUUUUGUUACAGUAAUUUUUAGUUAUUGCGGGUUUUGUUACAGUAACCUUCUGUAAUCUUCAAGUAACGGGAUUUUUGAUACAGUAAUCACUAGUUGUUGCACUUUUUGUUACCGUACUCUCUGAAGGUCAACAUUCGUGUAGUUGGCAUUAUACCAUAUCAUAUUUUUAGGUAUAUAACGCUAUAUUGUAGUAGAUUUGAUCUUUAGCGUUAUAUUUUAGUGCUAUGUAGCAUCAUGUGGUCAGUAUAUAUGUAUGACUUUUAAUACUAUAUUAUUAGAACGUAACUGAUUUUUAGUAUAUUUGAUUCCAGAUGGGUACCAUUCACGAGAACUGUCUGAACCAAUGGUGGAGCGCGUCGGGCAAGGAUAUGUGUGAGAUUUGUCUGACCAAGUACGCUCGAACUGGCCGCGUCCUGAAGCCCAUCACUCAGUGGAGUCGACCGGUCUUUACUAUCACUGUGAGUGUUAUGUUGUGUUUGGUAUUUAAAAAUUGAGUCAUUAUAACAUUUUUUUUAUUUUUUUUGUUUUAAAGUUAUACCAUCAUGACAUGUUUUUUGGAUUUUAUGGUUAAAAAUCGUGUCAUCAUGACAUUUAUGGAUUUUUUUGUUUAAAUUUUGUCAUCAUGACACGUUUUUUUUUAUUUUUGAGUUAAAAAGGUGUCAUCAUGACAUUGUUUUGAAUUAUGGAGUUUCAAAGUAUGUCAUCGUGACAUUUUUUUCGAAUUUUGUGGAGAGUCAUGUCAUCGUGACAUGUUUUUUGGAUAUUCGGUCUAAGCAACUUUGAAUAAUUUUUGAAUUUUCAGAUUUUCUACGAAGCUCUGGCGUUUGUCACCUUGUGUACCAGCAUUUCUCAGGUAUGUUUAUUAUAUUGUACAUGGUUUAUUGUAUGAGUUUUUAGGUAGAAUGGCAAUUUAAAAAUGUAUUGAUAUAGUUAUUGUCAGGGAUUUAUAAGUGACAGAAUAUAGUGCUUUAGAUGUUCAUUCUGAUCAAAGAACGUCAGACCUUUGAGCGUGUUCGCGACAUUGAUGGUGGUCCACGUACUCACGAUUGGGUUCGAUUCAGUAAGUUAUUCUAUGAACUUUUUGACCGACAAUUGGGUAGGGUUAUGCGGGGUUGGCUAGAGAGCGACAGGGCUAACACAAGCUUAAGGAAGGGCUGAGCUAGGGCAAUGAAGGACAGAACAAAGAAGGACAGAGCUAGGGCAGGGUAGGAUAGGGCAAGGCUAGCACAGGGCAGGGCGAAACACGAAAGGGUUAGGACAGAGCAGGGCUAGAGCAGGUUAGGGUGGUUUAGGGUAGGUUAGGGUAGAGUACGGUAGAGUAGGAUAGGGUAGAGUAGAAAAGAGUAGAGUAGCCCGAUCUAGUCUACAUUGGCCUAGCCUAGGGUAUAGGAUAAAAUUAUCAAAUGUUGUAAUAAUUUCAUAUUUUUUCAGUCGUACUAGCCCUUAUCAUCUCAACCUUGCUGCUAUUGGUGUUUCGUUUGGUCCGCAAAGCCUGCCGUUACAUACGCAAUCAGUACAUUGUCCGUUUCACUGAACAUCAGAUUCAUCGCCAAAGAAACAAAAUCUAG